AGCCGAAAGAGACGGUCUGUCGCCGUCUACGAUCCCGCAUCUGAGCACAACCGAAAGCAGAACCCCGUUUGGUCGUCGUACAGCUUUAGAGUAGACAGACCCGACACGCCCGGUCUUGGCUUGUGAUACGCGCCGGGGUUUUCGAUAAUUAAAUACACUCGCGCCUCCUCUGCCUCGCAUGACGUCGUCGUUGGAAGAAUCUCAGGAUCGGGCCCGCCCCGCAACCGACGAGCACCACGCGUCUCCCCCGAGCACUCCCGAGAGUAACAGCAAACGCAGGGAAGCUGGCUCUCAAGACGGGCCGGAACAGCAGAACCAAGAUGGCUUGAACGAGCACUCGCCCCUGCUCUCUCCGACCUCCUACUCGGGCGAGGACAAUGGCUUGGAGGACGGCCGACCCCUGGCCGGGGGCGCCGACGAGAAGCAGGCGAACAUGAGCGUCUGGUACCUCAUCCUGUUGACCAUCGGCAUCGGCGGGCUGCAGAUUGCCUGGUCGGUCGAGAUGUCCAACGGCUCGCCCUACCUGCUGUCCCUCGGCCUCAGCAAGUCCCUCAUGGCUCUCGUCUGGAUCGCCGGGCCUCUGUCCGGAACCCUGGUGCAGCCGUACGUGGGCAUGCUGAGCGACAACUGCCGCAUCCGAUGGGGGAAACGCAAGCCUUUCAUGAUCGGAGGCGCCCUUGCCACAAUUGUUUCCCUGAUGUUCCUCGCGUGGACAAAGGAGAUCGUUGGCGGUUUUCUGGGCCUGUUUGGAGCCGCUCCGGAUUCGGAGGGCGUCAAAGCCUCGAUCAUCGUGGUCGCAGUCCUCUGGGUUUACGUCCUUGACUUUGCCAUCAAUACAGUGCAAGCCGCGAUUCGUGCCUUUAUUGUGGACUGCGCGCCCACUCAUCAACAAGAGAGCGCAAAUGCCAUGGCGAGUCGCUUCGUCGGCCUCGGAAAUAUUGUAGGCUAUCUCGCUGGCUACAUGGACCUCCCUUCGAUUACGUGGUUCUUCGGCGACACCCAGUUCAAGGACCUGUGCGCCAUCGCCAGCAUUGCCCUUGCCGUGACCGUCGCUCUGAGCUGCAUCACGAUCCAUGAGAGAGACCCGCGGCUCGAAGGACCUCCGUCCAAGAACAAGCCGGGCAUCCUGGCUUUCUUCCGCAAGAUCUUCACGUCCAUCAGGCGGCUCCCGCCUCAGACCAAGAGGGUUUGCCAGGUGCAGUUCUGCGCUUGGAUCGGCUUCUUCCCCAUGCUCUUCUACACGUCGGCCUACAUUGGAGAGAUCUACGCCGAGCCCUAUCUCGAGGCGAACCCCCACAUGACCCCCGAGGAGCUCGACAAGCUCUACGAGGAAGCUACUCGGCAGGGUACCUUUGCCCUGCUCAUAUUCGCCAUCAUGGGCUUAGCCACCAACGUCUUCCUCCCUUUCUUUAUCGCUCCGACCUACGAGAUCCAGCGUAACGUGACGGCCGUCGCGCCCGGGGAAGCUCCCCGCGCGAUCAAGGGCUACGACGAGAAGAAGUCCUGGCUCGAAUACCUGAUCAUCCCGGGCUUCACCCUCCGCCGCGCCUGGAUGCUGGCCCAGCUCCUGUUUACGGCCAGUAUGCUCUGCACCGUCUUUGUGCGCAGCGUGAGCGCCGCCACCUUCCUCAUCGGCCUAGUCGGCAUCACCUGGGCACUCACCCUCUGGGCGCCCUGGGCCAUCAUUAGCGCCGAGAUCUCGCGUCGCGACGAGAUCCGCCGCGCCCAGUACGCCCAGCGCAACCUGUGGCCCGACGGCCGGGCCGGCGUGGCCUCGCUGGACGGCUACUCGUCAGACGAGGACCGCGAGCGGUCCCUGACCAACGCCGACGAGGACCAGGACCAGGAUGACGCCGACCAGGCCGGUGUCAUUCUGGGCAUUCACAACAUGGCCAUCGCCGCGCCCCAGAUCAUCGCCACCGUCUCCAGCAGCAUCAUCUUCCGCUUCUUCCAGAAACCCCGCGGCGUGCCGGGGGAUCACAGCAUCGCCAUCGUGCUGGCCCUGGGCGGCAUCACCGUGCUGAUCUCGGCUUUCUUCAUCCACCAGAUCAAGGACGACGUUGGCACGCCGGUGGACGCCAUGAGCGCGGUUGAGGACGGCGACGCGGCGAGCAGCAGGCCCAGCACGUCGCAUAGUAGGCCGCGCUCAUUCGAGCAGCUACCGAGGGCGAGCUUGGAGAGGGCCGCGCUGGUGAGGAACAAGAGCUUCUCUGGGGUGGAGUAUUGAGACCCAGCCAAGGGAAGGGGGGGAAUGUGGCAGGGGCCCACUGGGAUGUUAAGGUGUACUGCUCGGUGUCGCAAGACGGGUUGGAUAUCACGAGCUUGGCACCCCCCUCCCCCUUGUUUGGAUACUGAC